AUGCCUAGAAAGGUGCGCAUCCCCACCUCCAAGGAAGAGAGCCGUCAGGCCCAGCAGCGGUCGCGUGCCCGCCAUAGGGACUAUGUCGCCAGCCUCGAGAAACGCGUCGCCGAGUUUGAGAGGCAGGGCGUCGAGGCGACGCUCGAGAUGCAGAGGGCGGCGCAACGGGUAGCGGCCACAAAUGAGCGGUUGCUGGCUCUGUUGACCCUUCGCGGGGUUCCGCGGCACGAGGUCGAGGCUUUCCUGGCGGCAGAGCCAACUGCGCCCGACUCUGCUUCUGCAUCGGUCAAUGUGCAUAGUACCGCUCUACCAGCCUCGGGGAUGACACAUGUGCAAGCUCCUUUGGAGAACCUGACCUCCCCCUCGACAUGUCGGCAGUCAGGUCAAGUGAAGACUUGCGGCGAGGCAUCGGACGGCCGGCAACAGAGUUGUCAUGAUCGUCGUCAGGUGCAGCAACUCUGUACUCCCGCCUCCAAGGCAAUUUCGCCGAUGGAAAAUGAUCGAGAAACGACUAGCAGCGCAUUCCCAAAGGAGGUUACUUCCUGCGAAGCUGCAGCCACCAUCAUUGUGAAUCUGCGCGGCAACGGAGAAGGCUUGGUGGAGGCACGUCAGGCCCUUGGCUGCUCCGGGGAUCUGCCUUGCUCUGUCAAGAACACACAUUUAUUUCAAUUGAUGAGUGAGAUUCCUUGA